ACGCCAGAUGGCUCUUUCCUUUGUUGGUAAUGUCCAAUCGUGUCGUCUGCUGGAAUUCCAAUACAUUUCAGUCAUUUCUUGUUUCGUUUUAGUCAUGGCUCUCCAACUGCGUCGACUUUCUCUUGGCCUCGCCAAGUUCCAGCAGGCCAGAAAUGCUUCCAUCCUGACAUCUUUACCUGAGACCCAUGAGCUUUUGAGGAAGACUUGCAGGGACUUUGCAGAGGCUGAGCUCAAGCCAAAUGCUGCCCGAUUUGACAAGGAGCACCUUUACCCAAAGGAGCAGAUUCUCAAAAUGGGCGAACUUGGGCUGAUGGGCAUUGUUGUCCCAGAAGACUUUGGAGGUGCGGGUCUAGACUAUUUGGCUUACGCAGUGGCCAUGGAAGAAAUUUCAAGAGGAUGUGCUUCUGCCGGAGUGAUUAUGAGUGCCCACAAUUCCUUGUAUUUGGGUCCCCUUCUAAAAUACGGCAAUGAUCAGCAAAAGAAAGAUUGGGUUCAGCCAUUCGCUGGUGGAGACAAGAUUGGCUGCUUCUCACUCAGCGAACCAGGAAACGGUAGUGACGCCGGUGCAGCAUCUACAACAGCUGUCACAUCCGCCGACGGAGGCUGGACGUUGAAUGGAACCAAAGCCUGGAUUACUAACGGUUACGAGUCUGAGGCCACCGUUGUCUUCGCCACCACAGACAAAUCGCUCAAGCACAAAGGCAUCUCGGCUUUUGUUGUCCCCAAACCUACGCCGGGCCUGUCGCUGGGCAAGAAGGAAGACAAAUUGGGCAUUCGCGCUUCUUCCACUUGUAACCUGAUAUUCGAGGACUGUCACAUACCCAAGGACAACCUGCUGGGCAAGCCUGGAUUAGGCUUUAAAAUUGCCAUGAGCAUAUUAGAUGGCGGAAGGAUCGGCAUCGCUGCCCAGGCUUUGGGCAUUGGACAGGCGGCCUUAGACUGUGCCGUCGACUACGCCAGCAAGAGGAAAGCCUUCGGCCAGCCAAUUACUAAACUUCAAUCGAUCCAAAACAAAAUUGCAGACAUGGCCUUACAAUUAGAAAGCGCCCGGCUCUUGACAUGGCGGGCGGCAGCAUUGCAAGACGAAGGCAGGGCUUUCAUCAAAGAAGCGGCCAUGGCUAAAUUGGCGGCCAGUGAAGCUGCAACGUUCAUCUCUCACCAGGCCAUUCAAAUCCUGGGUGGAAUGGGCUACGUUUCAGACAUGCCAGCGGAACGUCAUUACCGGGAUGCUAGAAUCACCGAAAUUUACGAGGGAACUUCGGAAAUCCAGAGAUUAGUCAUCGCCGGCAACGUGCUGAAAGAAUAUGGUGUUUAGAAAUUCGGUGGGGUUAUCAGGUUGAAAAAGAAUAUUACGUUAUCAAUGCAAUUUGUUUUUUCUUCUAUUUUACAUUACACAAAUGGAUAAAAAACGCGAAUAAUAAAAAAAAAAUGAAUUAGA